GCGCAGGUGGGAGUUACUCCGACGCGGAGCGAAAGCUGUCGCACGUUAUAUUGGUAAAGGCGAGUAAAUAUUAAAGCCGGUAAAGAUAUUAUGGAUAAAAAGCGUUUUAUCAGAUGGUCCAUCUCCAUACUCGGGUGCGUGGGAGUGGUCGUCACCAUCCUCUGUGUGUGCACUAUCGUCAUUCCUGUUCCUAACGGUACCUUCAAUUCGGGCAAGGUUAACGGUUUUUCUGCAGAUCUGGGUGUAGCAGCGGGAGUCUCGCUGACUGUACUGGGAAUAGCUUCUUUCUUCUUCUCCACUGAAGAAAAACUUCCUCUGGCAUGCGUUUGCUUCUACCUGAUCCCCACCGCCGCCCUGUCUCUGGCGGCCUUGGUCAUAGCCGUCCGUCACAUUCUGCAUUUCAAUCGGGAGGACCCAACGAGUAUUCUACACAGGUUGGGAGCCGUGGCGGCCGUUAACGCAAUUUCCUUUCUCGUUCAGGUAACCACCAUAACGGCAGGUAUUAUGGACCUAGUCGAAUAGCGUCCAGUCGUCAGUCCGACGACUCGUGCGCUGCCGUCCUUUUAAUGUUGAAACCCGCAAUUCGCACGGUUCGUCCUUCUUUACCCGUCGUAACUGGUAAAACGUCCAAAUGAAUUCUCUACAGCAAUAAACUUUAAGAACCCAUUAACAUUUUCCUUUUAAUUAAACGUUCAGUUACUGGUUGUGGAUUUUAAAGAAUUUAAAGCUAUUGGCUUUUUUCCAGUAACAUAUCGUAUAAGGAGCAGUUGUUGAUAUAGGUUUUAUUGAUAAAAGAUAUGCAUUUCGAGUCUUAAUAACCCCUCAUAAAGCCUAUAACAACAAAUCCUUGCACGAUAUGUUACUGAAAAAAAGCCAAUAGAUUUUCCUUUCUUUAUUUUAACUGUUAGUGACGUAAUCAUCCGGGAUUCACCUUUAAACCGACGAGUUAGUCUAUUGGCGGGAUCGACUGUGGCCGGUGCAGACGCGCCAAAUGAAACGAUCUGCCGCCGUUCGUCUUUCUUUUCGUGACAGAGGAAUUACAUUGGGUCUCAGAUACUGCUCAACGCAAUGGUCAAAAAGCGUAAGGGAUUAAACGUCUGUUUGUAUUUUUCUAAGCUAAAUUGUAUCACCACUUUUCAAAUUAUUCCCGAAUAAAAACGUUUGGAAAUAUC